ACCGCCGCCAGCGGGUUGGUGGGGAUUGUGUUUACAGCGUUGCAGGGUGGAUGCUGAUCUGCUCGUUGCCUUUACGACCAAACUGGCUCACUACAAUGUUGUGUCAGCUGACGUUUGACUGCAUAUAAGUUGCGGUGACACAGGUGUUUUCCGCAUCCUCCUCGCCCUCGCUCGCGUCUUCCGUUCAUGAGUGACGCGGCCGAGCGGAAGAGCGACAGCCAUGGAUGACAAGGGCUCGGCAGGGAAGAUUAGCGUGUCCUCGGACUCGGUGUGCACUCUCAACAGCGAGGACUUUGUCCUGGUGUCCCGGCUGGGCGACGAGACGCCCUCGUCCACCAAUAACGGUAGCGACGACGAAAAGACAGGGUUGAAGGUGAUUUCAAAGGAAGGGGUCAGCUUUAAGAUUGUGGGGAAUGGAAGCGAGCAGCAGCUCCAAAGGGAGUUAGAGGACGUCCUCAUGGAACCGUCGGUGGCCCAGGUGGGCGUGGGAGAUCAUCACGGCCUCCUCGCCACGACGGCCUCCCCUGUAGCGCCAGGCGCUGACCCGCUAAGCACGCCCUCCCCCAAGGUGGAGAUGGCGCUUCCUGUUCAGACGGCUCAGGAGAGCGAGCUGAACGAGCGGUCAUAUCGAGGAGACGAAUCCUCGUCAGACGGCAGCCCGGGCAGUCCCAUCCCAGACGAGGACAGCGUGGUCUUCAGCCAGCUGACAUAUCUCGGGUGUGCCUCGGUCAACGCCCCCCGCAGCGAGGUGGAGGCCCUGCGCAUGAUGAGCAUCCUCAGAGGGCAGUGCCAGCUCCCCUUGGACGUCACCCUGUCGGUGCCAGGCGUGUCGGAAGGCACUGUCAGGUUGUUGGACCCCCACAGCAGCACAGAGAUCGCCAACUACCCCAUCUAUAAAAUCCUGUUCUGCGUGCGGGGCCACGACGGCACCCCGGAGAGCGACUGCUUCGCGUUCACCGAGAGCCACCACAACACUGAGAUCUUCAGGAUACACGUGUUCCGCUGCCAAAUACAAGAGGCGGUGAGCAGGAUACUGUACAGCUUCGCCACGGCAUUCCGACGGUCCGCUAAGAAGGCGGCGCUGGCGUCCCAGCAGGCCGCCCCGCUCACGCCCGACAGCGACUUGUUUACCUUCACUGUCAGCCUGGAGAUCAAGGAGGAUGAUGGCAAGGGCACGUUCAGCGCUGUGGCGAAGGACAAGGACAAGCAGAGCUUCAAGCUGCGAGCAGGAAUGGGCAAGAAAAUUGUCAUUUACGUACAGCAGACGUCCAACAAGGAGCUGGCUAUUGAGAGGUGUUUUGGCCUUCUGCUCAGUCCUGGGAAGAAUGUAAAGAACAGUGACAUGCACCUUCUGGACCUGGAAUCAAUGGGAAAAAGCUCGGACGGGAAGUCUUACAUCAUCACAGGAAGUUGGAACCCCAGCACGCCCCAGUUCCAGGCUGUGAACGAGGAGACGCCCAAAGAUAAAUUCAUGUAUAUGACCACGGCGGUGGACCUCGUCAUCACCGAGGUGGAGGAGCCGGUGCGUUUCCUCCUGGAGACGCGGGUCAGGGUGUGCUCCCCCAACGACCGCCUCUUCUGGCCCUUCAGCAAGCGGAGCCACACCGAGACCUUCUACCUGAAGCUGCGACAAAUGGAGCGCAAAGAGCGCAAGAGCCCUUCCUCGGACACGCUUUACGAGGUGCUGAGCUUGGAAAGCGAGGCGGAGAGAGUGAAACGCAAGACUACAGCGAGCCCUGGCAUUCUUCCUGGCGGGCCUGGUUCUGUGGUUCCCUCUCCGCCUGAGGACGACGAAGAGGAAGAUAACGAUGAGCCAUUGCUGAGCGGCUCUGGCGAUGUCUCCAAAGAGUGUGCAGAGAAGAUCCUGGAGACCUGGGGAGAUUUGCUAACCAAGUGGCAUUUGAACCUCUCCGUGCGGCCCAGACAGCUUCCGGCCCUGGUGCGGAGUGGCAUACCCGAGGCGCUCCGUGGGGAGGUGUGGCAGCUCCUGGCCGGCUGCCACAACAACGACCACCAGGUGGAGGAGUACCGCACGCUCAUCACAAAGGAAUCCCCACAGGACAGCGCCAUCACCCGGGACAUCAACAGGACCUUCCCAGCUCAUGACUACUUCAAAGACACAGGAGGGGAUGGACAAGAUUCCCUCUACAAGAUCUGCAAGGCUUACUCGGUGUAUGAUGAGGAGAUUGGCUACUGCCAGGGACAAUCCUUCUUGGCUGCUGUGCUCCUGUUGCACAUGCCCGAGGAGCAAGCGUUCAGCGUGUUGGUGAAGAUCAUGUUCGACUACGGCCUGAGGGACCUGUUCAAGCAGAACUUUGAGGAUCUGCACUGCAAGUUCUUCCAGCUGGAGAGGCUCAUGCAGGAGUACAUCCCUGACCUGUACAACCACUUCCUCAACGUGGGCCUGGAGGCUCACAUGUACGCCUCCCAGUGGUUCCUCACGCUCUUCACGGCCAAGUUCCCUCUCUACAUGGUCUUCCAUAUCAUCGACCUGCUGCUGUGUGAGGGCAUCAGCGUGAUCUUCAAUGUGGCUUUGGCGCUCCUCAAGACGUCCAAAGAUGAUCUGAUCCAAGCAGACUUCGAGGGCGCCCUCAAGUUCUUCCGUGUUCCUGUUCCCAAACGGUAUCGCUCUGAAGAAAACGCAAAGAAGCUGAUGGAGCUGGCUUGUAGCAUGAAGAUCAGCCAGAAGAAGCUGAAGAAGUUUGAGAAGGAGUACCACACCAUUAGAGAGCAGCAGGAGCAGCAGGAGGCUCCCAUCGAGAGAUACGAGAGGGAGAACCGUCGUCUGCAGGAGGCCAACAUGCGCCUGGAGCAGGAGAACGACGACCUGGCGCACGAGCUGGUCAGCAGCAAGAUCGCCCUCCGCAAAGACCUUGAUAAUGCUGAGGAGAAGGCGGACGCCCUGAACAAGGAGUUGCUGCUGACCAAACAGAAGCUGGUGGACUCCGAGGACGAGAAGAGGCGUCUGGAGGAAGAGUCGGCGCAGCUGAAGGAGAUGUGCAGGAGAGAGCUUGACAAAUCGGAAUCGGAGAUUAAGAAGAACGGCUCCAUCAUUGGGGAAUACAAGCAGAUUUGCUCCCAGCUGAGCGAGCGUCUGGAGAAGCAGCAGACGGCCAACAGAGGAGAGCUGGAGAAGAUACGCGCCAAAGUUGAAGGCUGUGAGAAAUGCAGCAGCCUCUUCAACAAAGAAGGCCGCGUCAGGGCGGUCCUGGCGGCGGCGGCGGAGGGAGCGGCCGCCCCCGGAGGUGACGAGGAGGCGGACGAGGAGAAGGAGGGCCUGAAGAACCAGCUGAGGGAGAUGGAGCUGGAGCUGGCGCAGACCAAACUGCAGCUGGUGGAGGCUGAGUGCAAAAUACAGGACCUGGAGCACCAUCUGGGUCUGGCCCUGAACGAGGUCCAGGCGGCCAAGAAGACCUGGUUCAACAGAACCCUGUCCUCCAUCAAGACGGUCACGGGCACCACCCAGGGCAAGGACACCACUUAACACCAGCCCACCACCACCACCCGCAUCCCCCUGCCCCUCCUCCGCCUUGACCUAAAACUACCUACAACUUUCUAGUACAUCCAGUGGAGGGGGAGGGGAGAUGGAAGGAGGGGGCGUGCUCAUCACUACAAACCCCUCCCCUCCCUUCCCCCUUUUUACAUGACUCCAGCUGGUGCACUGAUGGGAGGGGCUUAGAAAAAAUAAACAAAAAGUUCCUGCUGACAAGAAGCAACAAGAGGAGGAGCCUAACUGUAACCAUGGUAACACACACUCCCUCCUUCCUUCCAUUCUUCUUUCCUUCCUUCCUUUCUUACAAAAAAAAACUACUGGCACAAACUAAAAACAACAGUUUUGGGUACAAAUAGAUGCUUUUUUUGGUAAUAUUAUGUAUAAUAUACAUUUCUUUUUUCUAUGUUUGUUCAUCAUGUAAAGUGUGUGUGUGUGUGUGUGUGUGUGUGUGUGUGCGUGUGCAUGUGAGUGCAUUGGUAAUCAAAAAGAGAAAAAGCACUAAGGUUGUGAACGUGUGCAUGCGUGGACCACUUGUUAUUGUGUGUGUGUGUGUGUGUGUGUGUGUGUGUGUGUGUGUGUGUGUGCACGCACAUGAGAGAGAGAGAAAACGUGGAGGUUGAUGAAGAUGAAAAUGUAGCAUACGAGAUGCACGCAGACGUAAAAAGUUUAUUUGCUCAUAACCUCCUCCUCCCUCUGUGUGUGUGUGUGUGUGUGUGCGCGCGCGCGCACACGUGCGCUAAAAUGAAACUCUCAUGCUUGCAAAGACACUUUAGUGGAAAACAAACAAACACACACACACACACACACACACAAUGAAAUUGUAACAAUACAAUUUCUCCUCCAUUGGAAAUAAUGGGAAUACAAAUAAUCCGUUCCAGGGUCAAACUGUGGCCAUCAUCAGCCCGUUGUGAAGUUUACAGGCACUGUUUGAAGUCUGUUUGUUAACACUAACUGUUAUGUAAGUGUAAAAGUAAGUCAAGCACUGUUCCUAGUAGAUUGUGGCUAUACUUUAUUUUAAAGGAAAAGUGCACUUUUUUAUUUUGCCCCUCAUCCACCAUCCUGAUGUGAAACAGUGACCACACGUCUUUCCCUUUUCUGUGCGUUCUACAGAGAGAAAACCAGCUAGCAUGAGGGUGCUAACAAUGCACGUCAUGGGACACACCUAUGUUGAGUAUAAAGUCCUAAAAAAACCCGCCAACAAUGUUCCAUUUACAUAACAUGACCUGCAUAGCAACCAAGCUACAGCAAGACUGUUAUUGUAGGAGUUAACACGAAGCACUAUUUUCUAGCGUAGUGACACAGCGCCUCACACCUCUCCCGAGAGCUAACGUGCCCACUCCAAAAGAAUGCGAUGGGACACCAAUCUGUACUGACUGGGAAACAAGAACAAUCAUAUGGUAAACUAGGAAUAGACCACUUUAGCCCACAUUCCAUGUUUUGCUUGUACACGGCUAGGUGGACAGUGUAUACAGCUGUGAUAUCAAUGGGGUUGGGCAUCGUGUCUCCAGCAUCGAUGGGAACCAGGACUAACAUCCUGAUUCUCCUGGGAUCGUUGACAUUUUUUUAUUUAGAUUCCUUGGAUCGAUGCCCAUUCGCCGACCGGCGAGCGGUUGACUCAGAGCAACAUUUGCAACACAGUGAUAUCAUGCGAAGGACGGAGCACAAUCAACUUGAUUAAUGUUCGCACAUUAACACAGUAACACAGUGUAACACAGUACCUCGUCUUUGAUGGCUACGUCGGACUUCCCCUAAGCAGUCAGAAUGAGGGAAGUCAACAAUAAACGACGUCUGUCUCAUGCCAAAGUAAGCCAGGGUUUCGGGAUGCUUGCUGAUGUGGAAGUUGGAGCUGUGGCUAGGCAACUUUAUCCUUUGCAAAGUACUCACAGUACAUUGCACUUUCACAAUAAGAGUGCUUUGGGCUAUAUCUUGUUUAGUUGUGUUAACAAAAUAAGGGUGUCAUAAAAAAUAGCUUAUGUCAACAUUGGGGCAACAAAGUACGGUAUACUAUGUUUCAAAAAGUAAAGUCUUUAAUGAAAGUGUACUCCUUUCAUACCAUUUAUUGUAUAUUCAAGUUGAACAUACUGGUUGAAAAUAGCCCUGGAAGGAACUCAUGGUAUCGUUGAUAAAAUCAUUACACAGAAGUUCAGACAUUCCAUCCAACUCUGGUCAGCUCCCUCAUUUAAACUGUGCACAUUUUUUUUAUCACCCUGCCUCUAUAAAGCAUCGCAAUCGAGAAUCGUUAGGAACCCGAAUCGUUCAAAUUCAAACGAUGCCCAACCCUAGAUAUAAAGCACUAUGUGCUCCAUGUAUCACAGUCAAUAUCAUGGUGACUUACUCCAUGGACAGUUGUCCGUCUGGUCCAGCUGGCCUGGGGUGUCUUUUCCAGUUGAUGGUGGGUAGGUUGUUGUGAUGCAGUCUCUUGGAGCAGUGUCCUCCCCGCCAUACACACCAAGGCUUUCCAUCCAUGGCAACACCGUGCAGCGGAAACACUCCAUUCGUGUCGGCAUGGCUUGGCAUUUAAACUGUGCAAAA